AUGAAAUCAAAUGUUGUCACUGUCUCUACUUCUGCACUGCCUGCUGCUUCAUACACCAAACCUUUUUCUGACAUCUCAAAGAUUGAAGAUAUAAAUAGGAGGGAACUUAAAGUUGCAAAAGGUAAAGAGCUGGCUACAAGAGCAAACCUUGUACAAGGAAAAGUGCACAAAUCAAAUAACAGGUAUGAAAAUAAGAAACUUGAUUACAAAUCUAAAUUUAAUAAUCCCAUCUUUAAAAAGAAAAGAUAUUGUCUUGUAUGUGGUAAGCCGGGUCAUGAUGCACCCCAUUGGAGGAAAAGAGUGAUAAAUGACAUUCCUCCUAAACCAAAAGUGAAUUUAGUUGAAAGAGAUGACAUUAUUGCUGCGGUCAUUUCUCAAACUUUUUUUGUAGCUAAUGUGCAAGAUUGGGUAGUAUAUUCUGGUGCUACUAAGCAUAUCUGUACAAACAGAAAUGUGUUUACCUCCUACUCUACAAUGGGGAAAGGAGAAGAACAUGUGUAUUUGGGUGAUUCUAGGAUUGCAAGUGUUCUUGGUAAAGGGAGAGUUCUUCUUAAACUUACAUCUGGCAGCAAGAUCUUGGCACUUAAUGAAGUACUUCAUGUACCUAAUAUAAGAGCUAAUUUAAUUUCUGUAGUCCUAUUGGAAAAGGCUGGGAUUAAGGUGUCUUUUGGGUCAGACAAAAUUAUACCGACUAAAAAUGAUAUUUUUAUUAGAAAAUAUUAUUGUAAUCAGAGACUCUUUGUUCUCAAUAUUUCUGUAAUAACAAAUAAAAAUGCAUCUUCUUGUGCUUUCUUGUUUGAUUCUUUUAAUUUAUAG